AUGGCAGGAACUGGUGGUCAAUUGCAACCAUUACGCUGCAUUCGUACUGGCAAGAGUACAUGGAAAAUCAGAGCCCGAGUGGUCCGCAUGUGGGAGGUUUGCCCUGUUAAUGAACCAUCAAGGCCCUUCGCCCUGAACGUUGUUCUCAUCGAUGCUGAGGGAUGCAAAAUAGAAGCAACUGCACGGAAGGGUAUGAUGGCCAAACUCAAGACUGAGUUAAGUGAAGGGAAGGUCUAUAAGUUUUCUUACUUUGGAGUUGGCUCUAACAGUGGUGAGUUCAUGGCCUCUACCCAUGAGUACAAGAUUCUGUUCAAUGACAAAACAAAAAUGACUCUCGAUGAAGAUACAAUGAUCCCGUUGAAUGCUUUCUCAUUCAAGAACUCAGCUGAGAUCCUGGCUACUGGUGGUGAAUGCAACUAUAUAAUUGAUAUGAUUGGAUUGGUGACUAAUGUUUCAAGUGAGAGGCAAUAUACUAAAGGAGGGAGUUUAACUAGGCUGGUAGAACUUGAGCUUACUGAUGAAAAGGGUAAAAUUAGCUGUGCAUUAUUUGGUCAUUUUGUUGAUGCCGUGAAACAACAUAUGUCAACCAAUUGCCAUCGCAUGCCUAUUGCAUGGGAGGUCGUUAUACAGAACGUCAUGAAUGCAACCACCCUCCUUUGGAAUCCAUCAUUACCUGAAGUUGUUUCAUUCCGUGAACGGCUGGCUCUCAAUGGGAUUGAUGCUGAUAAGGAUCUUGCUGAACCUGACAGUUCUAUUGAUGAUGUUAAUGUGAUAUCAUUAGAUGAGGAAUUUAUAUCCAUGUAUCCUAGGAAGACUAUUUCAGAAUUGAACGAUAUGCAGGAGGUUGGGGUGUUUGUGGUGAGGGCGAGGGUUGCUGGUCUAAUGGAAGGGGAAAAGUGGUGGUAUCCUGCUUGCCGCUGCCAUAGGGAUGUCACAUCUGAUGACGAUAUCUACUACUGUCGAGCGUGCUGCAUUUUUGUGCUAUUCAGGGUCAAGAUAGAGGUUGAGGACAAUGGUUCAUAUGCUACAUUUGUGCUGUUUGACACAGACUGCCAACAACUGCUGGAUAAAUCGUGCAAGGAGCUGGGAAAGAAAGAUGAUGAUUAUCCAAUUGAGUUGAAGAGAAUAGUUGGACGAGAGCUUCUAUUUAAGAUUGAGAAGUCAGUUGAUCAUGGGUCAAAAUUUGAUGAUUCAUAUAAGGUGAAGAAGAUGUGUGUUGACACUGCUGUUAUUGAGUCUUUCAGCGAUAGUUCUGCGGUGAUUACCCCACAUAAGUGCAUCAGGUCUGGAAAAUUUACAAAAUUCGGUGAGCAAAGCAAUGAGAAGGAUGCUGACUAUUCUGGAAAUCUGUCUGAAAUAGGUCAUAAUGUGGUUUCUCUUGAUGACAUUUCAUCUGGUGAUGGUUCUGUUGUCCACUCAUCUGGCCAGGGUUCAGUUAGUGGGGUUAAGGUGGAAUUGGAAAAUCCUGCUAAGAGAUUGAAGCUUAGGUCUGUGAAAUUGGAGAUGGAUUGA